UUUUUUUUUUUUUUUCUUGUUUUUGUUUCUCCUUUUUUUGGUUUGUUUGUAUUAUUAUUUUAUUAUUUUUAUUAUUUCUCAACCCCACUUCGUUCCCUUCUUUCCCUUCCUUCUUUCCCUUCCUUCCUUCCCUUUCUUCUUCUCCCGCUCGUGAACCAGCCAAACAACAACGCUCAUGACGCGCUCAGCUGACAACGCACCGGCUGCCCUGAAGCAACUGAAGCAACGCACUGCUGCGGCUUCGGCUGCAGGUGGCUCGAUUCCGUCGUCCCCCACGCCGGACUCUGCUGCCUCCUCUGCUGCUGCUUCGGCCAACGCUGCCGACGCUGCGCCCAUCCGCUUGGACAAGCAGGGCGCUGCGUUGCUCUCGUUCGACAAGGGCCUGCUGUCCACCGCAGACCUGCCCGAGGUGGCCGUGAACAAGGACCUCGUGCCGGACUUUGGCCCACAGCUGGCGCACGUCAAGGAACAGCGCUUCCUCGCAGACGACCGCAUUGCCGCGCGCACCCUCGCCGUGACAGUCGCGGCCUGGCUUGGAUGGACGCUGCUCGCCCCGCUCAGCUUUGCCGGAUACAACGCGGCGGCAGUCCAGGGAAACGCAACUGCACCUCCGUCGGCGUCGGCCGUCGAAGCCGGCCUUGCGAACGGCUACCCCGUGCUCUACUUUGCCCUCGGGUUUGUCUGGCUGUUUGUGGCUGCUGGACUCAAAAUCCGCUCCUUUAUGAUUCUGCACGACUGCGGACACGGCUCGUUCUGGGCGACCCGCGAGUGGAACGACAAGACGGGCAAGCUGCUGCAGAUGCUCGCGUACACCCCUUUUGCCCUCUGGCGCUACGGCCACAACCGCCACCACCUCGUUCAGGGCAACCUCGACGUGCUUGACGAGGCGGCCACGAUUGCACACACUACCGACGACUGGCGCAAGCUGGCGCUCUGGAAGCGCGUCCUCAUUCGCGGCAUGCGCGACCCCAUCGUCUUUAUGCUCGUCCUCCUGCCCUUCUCGUGGCCCGCGCGUCUUUGCUUCCUGAUCCAGGCGACCACGCUGUACGCGGCCUUCGCCGUCCGUGGCGUCCCGCAGCCCUUCCUCUACGCCGUGACUCUCGAGUUUUUCACUGCUUGGCUGGCUGGCAUCACUGGCAUCUUCCUCUUCCAUCUCCAGCACUCGGUCAACACGGGCUACCGCGCUCCCGCCGAAAAGUUCUCCCCGCACGCCGCCGCCAUCCACGGCUCGACCAUGCUCCGCGUCCCGGCCUUCCUCAAGUGGCUCACCCUCGGCAUCCAGUACCACCACAUCCACCACCUGUCCACUCGCGUUCCGUGCUAUCGUCUCGCAGCCUGCCACGAGGUUGGUCAGGAGCGCGGACUCUGGUCUGAGGUGAACGUUGUCGACGGACCCAAGGCCGCCACCUCCUUCUUUAACGUCUUCUGGGACGAGCCAACGCACCAGUUUGUGACCUUCUGGCCCUAUCAGAUUGUUGGUCAAAACCUCGGAGAGCCGAACAUGGCCUACGCCUCUGUUUUUUAAGCUGGCAGUAUUUUGUAUUCUUUUUCUUUUUCUUUUUUUUUCAUGUCGUUUCUUUGCUUGCUCUUCUUUUUUUUUCUUUGUCCCUUCCAUCCACGUUUCCUUUUUUUUCCAUCUUCUUUUAUUUUCUGACACGCUUUGAUGCGAGUCUUUAGAUGCACGGUUUUUGUCUCAGAUUUGCAUGAACCUGUCGUGUGUACAUGGAGGGGUU